UGUAAGGGUAAACUAAACCUAUCUAAUAUUUCACUCUAUUUUUCCGUGUUACGAGACUUUAAAAAAUAGUUUCUGUGUUUUUCACAGGUUUAACCUCAUUUUUUUCCUGCAAACUGUUCAUCAAAAUGAGACUGGUAAUUCUUGAUGACUAUAAUUUGGCAAGUGAAUGGGCAGCAAAAUACAUUUGUAAUUGUAUUAUCCAAUUCAAACCAAGUCAAGGAAGGUAUUUUACCCUUGGUUUACCAACAGGGAGCACACCUUUGGGAUGCUACAAAAAAUUGAUAGAGUAUCACAAGAAUGGAGAUCUCUCUUUUAAAUAUGUAAAGACUUUCAAUAUGGAUGAAUAUGUAGGGCUUCCAAGAAAUCAUCCAGAGAGUUACCAUUCUUAUAUGUGGAAUAACUUCUUUAAGCAUAUUGACAUAGAUCCUAAUAAUGCUCACAUCCUUGAUGGGAAUGCUCCAGACUUACAAGCAGAGUGUGAUGCAUUUGAAAAAAAAAUUGAAGAAGCCGGGGGAAUCGAUCUAUUUGUUGGAGGCAUUGGUCCAGAUGGCCACAUUGCUUUCAAUGAACCGGGAUCAAGUUUAGCUUCAAGAACAAGAUUAAAGACUUUAGCAAUGGACACUAUUUUGGCAAAUGCUAAGUACUUUGAUGGAGACUUAUCUAAAGUUCCAACUAUGGCACUAACAGUUGGUGUUGGUACGGUGAUGGACGCUAGAGAGGUUAUGAUUCUCAUAACAGGUGCCCAUAAAGCUUUUGCCUUGUACAAGGCAAUUGAAGAAGGGGUCAAUCAUAUGUGGACAGUUUCUGCUUUUCAACAGCACCCCCGAACUAUCUUCGUAUGUGAUGAAGAUGCUACUUUAGAAUUAAGAGUUAAAACUGUGAAAUACUUCAAAGGUUUAAUGCAUGUUCACAAUAAACUUGUGGACCCACUGUACAGUAUGAAAGAAGAAAACUGAAGAAGGAAUUGAGGAGGUACUCCAUGUGGGUAAACAAAACAACAUUUUUAGGUAGCAGACAAAAAUACUGCUAUGCAUAUAUGCUGAAAGCUGGCUAAAAUGGGGAAUCUUAAGUACUGUAUUUUUUUAAAACAAUCCAGUAUCUGUACAUUCACAUUCCAUAUCUGUGCAGUGUUGUAUUCAUAGAAUCAGUGUUGUAUUGUGCAUUUUGUUUUAAUAUUUUGUAGUUGUGAUUUCAUUGGCAGCCACAGUAAGUAAACAAGAACAGAGCAAAUAUAAAGGGAAGUUGCAUACUAUGAGAAAUAAUAAAAUCAGCAGCAUACUCUUAGCACAGCAAUGUAUGGUUUACAUGGAAGAAAAUUACACUUUAGCUUAAGCAUCAUUCUCUGGCUCCAACAGUGCAAAAUACACUUCUCAUUUUCUGUAUCCCAGUACAGGCACAAUGCUUUUGGCCUUUCACAUGUUAAACAUUAUGGACUUGGACUUGUAACAGAUGCACAACUUUGGUUAUGAAGUGCACUGUUUAUAUCUAAUACACAUUUUGCAUUUUGGUUGCCUUAAAUUAAUCUUAUGCCAAUAGUUUCUGGGCAUUUAAGUCCGAUUGUACAAUAUUCAAGCAAAUAAUGGUAUGGAAACAGUGCCUAAAACUGAAAUAGACCCCUUCAAACUGUUACAAUAACUUAUUCUUCAAUUAUGUGCAUAUUGUACUUCUGCCAUAGCACUUUUGUUACACGUUUAAAGUUUAUUUAAGAAUUUAUAUUUUGGGAAUUGAGCUCGGAUUUGAGCUCUAUAGAUAAUGAAUACAUUCAAUAUGUUCCUCUUUGGUGAUUGUCUAGUUACAUUAAUGAUGUUGUAAUCGAAAAACUGUAAAGAGGGGAAAGGAGUUAAAUGCAGUAAGUUAAUACCUAAAAAUCCAAAUGGCUGGAGUUGAAACAAGAGAUUGUAAACAAUUGCUUUAGAUUACUAGCCAUUACUUUGCAUCGGAGAUUGGUAUAAAUGCUGAACUAAGAAUGCUACUCUUUUCUACUGUUACACCAAGUAAAGUUGAAAUUCACAAAAAGAUUACAUUUGUUUUGUUUUUGAUGUCAACUGUGGUCUGAGAAUAAACAUUUCAGGUUUCAAAAACAGGUUUGGUGAAAGGGUAUUUUGUGCCUUUUUAUAGGUGUGGGCAAAAUUAACAUUGUGCCAAACCAGCUCCUUCAUGCCAGCAGUAAAAUUCCCUUUUAAAAAUCCAUGGAAAGAGAUGGACUGACCAUGAUGGUAUGUUCCUCUUUGUGUAGUAUAACAUUUAAAUAGAAGUCUUCACUUUCAAAAUAGCAUUUUCUUUAGUGGAAAAAAGUGAAAUCCAUUAUUUAACCAUAAACUUACCAUAAAUGUGGAUUUGUUUAAUAAGCUUUGAGCUGUAAUUUUUUUCUACCUGUCUCCUUUAAACACAUACCUAAGUAAAAACUGGAUAUUGAUAUUUGAUUUUCCUUUUUGAUAUUUUUAUCAGCUUUGUUAGCCAUAGUUAUACUGAAACUAAACACAAAAUAACCUUUCCUUCUGAAGUGCAAGUGAUUCAUAUUUUGAAUUCUCUGUUUACUGGACUGACUGAAGAAUCCUACUAACUCUUCCAGAAAGACUUAUCAGUGUGAUCCAGCCUAUGAUGACCUGUGUGAGAGAGAUUUCAGGAUUUCACAUGCUUAGUAGAUGAAUGCUGCAAUAGUAAAAAAAAAAAAAAAUCUAUUACUGGUCAAAGAGCUGCUGA